GUCGCUCGGCAGCUAUUUCCAGCUCCGUGAAGCAGCCCAGUCUGUUUGUAAACGCCGCCGCUCCACUCUCUCUCUCUCUCUCUCUCGCUCUCUCUCUCACAUCUCUCUCUCUCUCUUCGACUCUCUUUCACAUCUCUCUCUCUCUCUCACUCACUCGCUCCUUUGCCACACACAGCAAGGGGAAGGUGUGGGCAACAAUCUGAAUGACCAGAGGACAGGAAAGCGGAGGCUGGUUUGACUUCAGGCUGCGCGUUUGAACAACUCAACUGGUGUUUGAUAGACUGGAUCAGGACGAGAGAUCGACGCUUCCUCUCUCUCUCUCUCUCUCUCUCUCUCUCUCUCUGGAGGCAUGCAGCCAGUCUCCGGAGUUAGGACAGUCUGAACCAGAGAUCUGCUCCGGACCCUCGGCAGGAUUGUACAGCACAGCGUGUUAAUUCUCUGUGUGAAUUCUAAGCGGUGUGAAUCUGUCACACUGAGCAGGCUUUAUUCAGAGCGCUCGAGCGAUCAUGGGACUAGCGGACAAAGUAAACGACUCGUUACUUUCUCAGUGUGAAUUAACGGAUUAAAGCAAGGCACUGGCAUUCGGAAAUCUGUUUCUUUCCCUCAAAACACCGGCUCUUUAUUUUUCCACACUCAAAUGCUGAUUCGGCUCUCUGACUUUUUUGCGAGUCGUCCUUCGGCGUAUCCGUUCGUUUGUGGGCGGUGCCGCUGCCCGGCAUGCUUUUGAAGCCGACCGUGCCGGGGCUGUGCGCCAUGUUGCAGACCAUCUACGAGACUGAAUCCUGUUUCUCUUCGGACAGCACGACCGGCACCAGCAUGCCCAGCACGGUGGUGGAGGUGAAGAGCUCGCUGCCCUCGGGCAUGCAGAGUCCGGUGGCUGGAGGUGUCGGUGAACAGGGCGGCGGUGGAGGAGGAGGAGGAGGAGGUGGUGGAGGUGGAGGAGGUGGAGGAGGAGGAGGAAACGGAGGAGGUCCGGUGGACUUGCGUACGGAUCCUCGUCUGAGCGCUCUGAGCGUGAUGGACCCGGCGCUGAGGGAACAGCAGCUCCAGCAUGAACUUCUCCUCCUCAAACAGCAGCAGGAGCUUCAGAAGCAGCUUCUGUUCGCCGAGUUCCAGAAACAGCACGAGGUGCUCACGCGGCAGCACGAGGUCCAGCUGCAGGAGCACCUCAAGCAGCAGCAGGAGUUGUUGGCGGCGAAGCGUCAGCAGGAGUUGGAGCAGAAGAGGAAGCUGGAGCAGCAGAGGCACGAGGAGAUGGAGAAACAGAGGCUGGAGCAGCAGCUCAUCAUGCUGCGGAACAAGGAGAAGGGCAAAGAGAGUGCCAUCGCCAGCACUGAGGUCAAACUGAAACUCCAGGAGUUCCUACUGAGCAAAAAGGAACCCCCCUCUGCCGGGCUCAACCAUUCCUUCCCGCAGAAAUGCUGGGGUGCUCACCACACGUCUAUCGACCAGAGCUCCCCUCCACAGAGCAACACCCCUGGCACACCGCCUUCUUACAAACUGCCCCCUCUACUGGGAUCCUACGAGGGCAAAGACGACUUCCCGCUUCGCAAGACAGCAUCGGAGCCCAAUCUGAAAGUUCGUUCACGGUUAAAACAGAAGGUUGCUGAGAGGAGGAGCAGUCCUCUACUCCGCCGUAAAGACGGCACAGUCAUCAGCACCUUCAAGAAGAGAGCCAUUGAGAUCUCGGUCUCCUCCAUGUGCAGCAGCGCCCCUGGCUCAGGCCCCAGCUCCCCCAACAGCUCCAACAGCGCCAUUGCGGAGAACGGCUCCAGCGGCUCCGUCCCGAAUAUCCACGCCGAGCAGCUGCGUUCCCUGCACCAGUCUCUGAACGCAGACGGAGCGGUGAGCCCGCUGAGUCUGUACACGUCUCCGUCUCUGCCCAACAUCUCUCUGGGUCUGCCGGCUAACGCACACAUCACCGCUCCUCAGAAGCUCGGGGUUCAGCCGGAGGCGGAGCGGCAGGUGCAGGGGGUGCGUCAGGGGGGCGUGUUGGGGAAGUUCGGGAGCGGCUCGUCCGUGUCCGUGUGUCUGGACUCGGAGCCUCCGUCAGCCCCCAACAGCCACAGCAGCCACAACUCCCUACUGCAGCACGUCCUCCUGCUGGAGCAGGCCCGGCAACAGAGCGCGCUGCUCGCAGUGCCCAUGUACGGCCAGUCGCCGUUGGUUACGGGUGAACGGGUGUCCAACAGCAUGCGGACGGUCAGUAAACUGCCGCGGCACCGUCCUCUGGCACGCACGCAGUCGGCUCCGUUACCGCAGACCCCGCAGGCGCUGCAGCACCUCGUCAUCCAACAGCAGCACCAACACUUCCUGGAGAAACAGAAACACUACCAGCUCAACAAGAUCCUCUCCAAAGGGGCGGAGCUUCCACGUCAACCCCCCACCCACCCGGAAGAGACAGAGGAAGAGCUUACCGAGACGGCGGAGAUGCCGGAGGAGUGGGGGGAGGGGCCUGAGCGUGUGAGGGAGGGGCUAAGCAAAGAAAGUUCAGGCGAGACCACGCCCCCUUCUGAGCGCGUGGUCCCACUGAAAGGCGAGAGCACAGAGAGCGACCUCGAGGAAGAGGAGGAUGAAGAUGAAGCCAUCGAGCUGAAGGAGUGCGAUGAAGAGGGCGACCCCUACAGGCAGUUCUCGGAGCAGCAGCACCUGCAGCAGCUGAACGUGUUCCAGGCGUCUCUGGCCAUCACGGGAAUGCCGCACAGGCCUCUGGGAAGAGCACAGUCGUCCCCCAUCACCUCCAGUCUUAAAGCCACGCCCAUGGCAGAAUUACCCAUCAAGCACCUCUUCACUACAGGUCUGGUGUACGACACACUCAUGCUGAAGCACCAGUGCAUGUGCGGGAACACACACAUCCACCCGGAGCACGCCGGACGCAUCCAGAGCGUGUGGUCCAGGCUGCAGGAGACGGGACUGCUGGGCCGCUGUGAGAGGAUCCGGGGCAGGAAGGCGACCCUGGAUGAGAUUCAGACGGUGCACUCGGAGUAUCACACACUGCUGUACGGCACCAGCCCCCUCAACCGCCAGAAACUCGACAGCAAGAAGCUCUUAGGUCCAAUCAGUCAGAAAAUGUACGCUGUACUGCCAUGUGGAGGGAUUGGGGUGGACAGUGAUACGGUGUGGAACGAGAUGCACUCUUCAGGAGCCGUGCGCAUGGCCGUGGGCUGCGUCAUCGAGCUCGCCUUUAAAGUGGCAGCUGGAGAGCUGAAGAACGGGUUCGCUGUCGUCCGUCCCCCGGGUCACCAUGCAGAGGAAUCCACGGCCAUGGGUUUCUGCUUUUUCAACUCGGUCGCUGUUACUGCCAAACUGCUCCAGCAGAAACUGGGCGUGGCCAAGAUCCUCAUCGUAGACUGGGACAUUCACCAUGGUAACGGGACCCAGCAGGCUUUUUACAACGACCCCAACGUGCUGUACAUCUCCCUGCAUCGCUAUGACGACGGCAACUUCUUUCCUGGAAGCGGGGCUCCUGAAGAGGUGGGUGUGGGUCCUGGUGUGGGUUUUAAUGUGAACAUAGCGUGGACAGGUGGAGUCGAUCCUCCUAUGGGUGAUGUGGAGUAUCUCACAGCUUUCAGGACGGUGGUGAUGCCCAUCGCUAAUGAGUUCUCCCCUGACGUGGUGCUGGUGUCGGCCGGGUUCGACGCCGUUGAGGGACACCAGUCCCCGCUCGGAGGCUACAACGUCACCGCCAAAUGUUUCGGUCACCUGACCAAGCAGCUGAUGAAGUUGGCUGGUGGGCGCGUGGUCCUGGUGCUGGAGGGGGGUCACGACCUCACCGCCAUCUGCGACGCCUCCGAGUCCUGUGUGGCCGCGCUGCUUGGAGACGAGCUGGACCCACUGCCUCAGUCUGUGCUUCAGCAGAAACCGUGUCCAAAAGCAUCGGCAUCCCUCGAGAGAAUCAUCGAGAUCCAGAGUAAACACUGGUCCUCAGUACAGAGAUUAGCGCCCACAGUGUCUCAGUCUCUGCAGGACGCUCAGCGGCGAGAGAAGGACGAAGCGGACACGGUGACGGCCAUGGCGUCUCUCACUGUGGACGCGGAGCACACGGCGUCCUCCUCACAGAGCAGCAGGGCUGCUGAGGAGCCGAUGGAGGAGGAGCCCGUGCUGUAGGAGGGAAAAACGUCCAGCACGACGCCGUGGCCACGUCCACACCUGCUCGGCAGCGACGCUCGCCUUUGAGUCACUCGUCCUUUCCUUCCACGCAGCUCUUUGAUCGGUUCCUUCACUCGUUCUCCAGGUGCUCGAUGGACGUACGCAGAACUCCGCUCCACUCCCACAUGAGGAGGAGGAAGAGGAGGAGGAAGAGGACCGGUGGGCCGCCGAACACACAUCCGGGAGCAGGACCCGUUUUUUUUUUUUUUUUUUUAAACUGUUCUAUUUUCCGCUCCUUUCAUGGAACACGUGCAAAGAGACGACGCUGGGAUGUUGUCAUGGCAAAGGAGCAUAAAGUGGAAAAAAAAACCUACAUUUCCUGUACGAGAUGCAAAAAGAUUUCAAAGCAGACGCUCAAACGUGACGGAGCUCAGAGGUUUUUAACCACGUUGAAACUGACGAUCUUUAUGUACGAUUAUAAAAGCACACAGACGUGUAUGAAUAUUACACAUGUACAGGUAUAUAUGUGUGUGUGUUUUGUAUUUGUCCAUUUGUGGAGAUGGAACCCGUGACCUUUUUCGGCGCUCGAGGAUGAUGACGUUGGGAUUUUUUUUUUUUUUUUGGAGUCACAUAACAAUCAUAUUGCUUCACGCACAAACACACAAGAAGAAAGCACACUGACUGAUUAACUCACUGAAUCACUCACUCACUCACUGAAUCACUAACUCACUGACUUACUGAUUCACUAACCCACUGACUGAAUCACUGACUGACUGACUCACUGAUUCACUAACCCACUGACUGAAUCACUGACUCCCUGAAUCACUGACUGACUCACUGAUUCACUAACCCACUGACUGAAUCACUGACUCCCUGAAUCACUGACUGACUCACUGAUUCACUAACCCACUGACUGAAUCACUGACUCGCUGAAUCACUGACUGACUCACUGAAUCACUCUGACUCACUGAAUCACUGACUGACUCACUUAUUUCCCUCACUGAUUCACUUACUGACUGAAUCACUGACCCAUUGACUGACUCACUGAAUCACUGACUGACUCACUGACUGAAUUAAAAACAUGGAUGGUUUUGGUAUUUGUUUUACAAGGGAACGUGGGCCGACUCGGUGCCUUUUAUACUACAAUUAAUGUUUCAAACACACACACACACACACACACACACAAAGACACACCAACUACUGCAUCAGACAUCCACAGUAACACACCUCUCAUGCUGAACUUGUUCAGAAUUUCCUCUCUGCCUUAAUCUCGUCAGGCGAAAGCGCCGAAUUUCAGCCAUUUUGUUUUUUCGGAGCACUCAGCUCGGACUCCUCCAUUCGUUUCCUCUCCUCCUGUCAGAUCAGGGGUCAAAGGUCAGAACUUAAGCCUUGCUACUUUGCGUUGCCCCGGUGUGGUGUGCGAUCACAUCGUGACGCUUCUCUGAUUCUCCGAUGAUGAUGAUGAUGAUGAUGAUGAUGACCAACUCGUGUUGCUUUUGUGUUUUUCGGUCACUUUUUUUCGUCCCUUGUACAUAACACAUGCUCGACUCUUUUCUCUCUUCUCUCUUCAGGAAACUUCGGUUUCUGUUUGUUUUGUUUGUUUUUUUAUUUUUCUUCUGAAGAUUAAGUGUCUGUGUUCACUUUUAUAUGGAGAUGUUUCUCUUUUUUAUAUGAAAAUCUAACACACACACACACACACACACACACACACAAAAACAGCUAUCAGUGUUAAUCUGCUCAGUCGAUUUAAAAUAUUCUGUAUGGAUAAAAGUGUGUAAUGUGCUGCGUGCGGAUGCACAGUUGGUUUUUAUAUCUAUAUACAUAUAUACAUACAUACAUAUAUACAUAUAUAUAUAUAUUGAUGUGUAUAUGUUAUGUCGUGUCACUGCGCGAUGAAUGUGGCAUCAGGGUUUUAAGGGCAGGUAUGAUGUUUUUUUUGUUUGUUUGUUUGUUUGUUCUUUUUGUUUUUUUUUCUUUUUUUCUUUUUGUUCCUUAAACACACAACACAACAAUUGCAGACUUUUAUUUUAUUUUUUUUAAGUUUUUCUUAUUAAAAAUGCAGGCAAUAAGGUCAAACACCACUGAGACACUACGACACUCACCCGUUCUAAUCACAGAGCUUUAUUUCUGCUAUUAUUUUUGCACCAGAUGAAUUUUAUUUUCGUAAUGGUUUAUUGUUUUAUAAGUGUUUAUGAGUGAUUUUUGACUUUUUUUUUUUGUUUGUUUGUUUUUUUGUUGUUGGUUUUUUACAGAAACGUCACAUUUGGGCUGAUUUCAGUCCACGUGUUUAUUAAUAUUCAGUCUGUUAUGACGUUCAGUUUUUUAGUAGAAACUUCUGCCGGUAAUCUUCCAUGUGGGCGGGGCUUAACCCGGCGCAUUUCUUUAUAACACUAAUGAUUAUAAUAAGAUUAUAAUAAACGUAUAAACAGUAUACACUCUUAGGAAAAAAGUUUAGAUCUCAUAAUGGUUCUUCGUUGUCCCUUUACAGAUGAUUAGAAAGCGUUCCUCGUGAUACUUGUCUAGGAACCCUUAACUACACAAGGAACUUUUUGAUGGACUUGUUUUAUCUUGUUGUUCUUCUUGUUGGUUUUUUUUCUUCUUUUUUUCUAAGAGUGUACGCACUGCCUGUCUGAAGUUUGGGGACAACUUUGCAUUUCUUUAAAAUGUUUUCAAGUGAGCUCUUUCCAACAACCCGAAGAUAGAGAAGAGACAGCACUGUGUACUAACCCGAGCAUUAAAGCACAAAUGUAAAAAUAAUAAUAAUAAUAAUAAUAAUAAUAAUAAUAAUAUAUUGAAGAAUGCUACUUAAGUUAAUUAAGCAUUCACAUUGCCUACACCAUCUCUUCUUUUGCUUUAUUCAUUUAUUUUACAAAUUAAUAUCACGAAUAUAGCUCUACGAAAAAGGAUUUUCAAACAAAGUCACAUUCAAACAAAUCAGUCACAAAACUCCUCGUUUGUCUCUAAUGUAGGAGUUCAGUGGUGUUAAAAAAAAAAAAAAGGUCAUAUUUCUCAGUUCAUCUACCGCUAGUUCCUCCCCAACAUCGAGUGACUCUGACUCGGAGGAACAACAGAAGGCAAGAACUCAAACAUGAAAUUAUACUGAAGGCUUUACUGAAGAUGGAUUCGCAAGCGUGACAGUAAUAACGAGGAGAAACCAACAUGCCAGAAAAUGUCUAAUGUCUAUUUGCGGUCAUUUUGGGAAUCCCUGACCUACACUCUGGGGCAGAAAGAAAUUGGACAUAGUUCUUUUUUUUUUUUUCUUUUAAACGAGACAGAAAUAUUGCGGAUCAUUCGAAAUUAGAACCCACUUCAUGUCAAGAUGUACAGAAAAAACAUCAACACGUCCAUGUGGAAAAGCUGUCUUCACGUUUACAAAAAAGAAACGUUAUUCUUAGGAAAAAAAAAUCUAAAGCAGAAUUAUUCCAUCGUAACGCACAUGGCUUCGGUCUUUGCUUCACUGAGUGAGGGAGUCGUUACGUUUUUGGGUCGUCCGUCCGUCCGUCCGGGAUUGUCGUUACCGCGAUAUCACAAGAACGAGUGGUUGAAUGUUUGUAGGAUUUGUAUGGAACGAUCAUCGUAACCAGCACAUGAACUGGUUAGAUGUUGGAAUUGGUCCAAACAUGGUCAAGGUCACAGCAAGGUCAGAUGUCUGCACUGGUUUUUCUUUCAAUAGCUUCCUUCCUGUUUGAAGUAUAUUUUAAGUGUAUUUCAGGCGUACACACACACAUAUUAGUCCUCUCUCUGUCUGUCUGUCUGUCUAUCCUGUCAUCGCAUUACGUCAUGAAGAGUAUGUAAGUAAACAGAAACGUCCCGUCCCAACUCCUUGUCUGGAGUAAUCGCACAUACGCUGUCGAGAUUAAAGUGAAAAGCAGCUGAGUUUCGCUUUAAACCAGCUGAGCCGCUCUAAAAGGAGGCGGUGUGUAGGUUUGAGCAAAGACCAGCGUCAGAACCCACAGGGACGACCUGCAGGAAACACAGCACAGCGCGUGUGUGUGUAUACUGUCUGUACGUGUGUGUAUUAGGAAUGUAAACCUCAGGCUUCCUCAUGAUACCAUACGAUAUGGUUUUGAUUCUUAAGGCAACGAUUUGAUAUUUAACAAUACAGCUGAAUCGGAUACGGUUACGAUUCGAUGCUGUUCUGUUUCCUCAGAAUCCGGUGUAGGCGUACAGUUAAUUCAUGAAUGAUGAAGAGGAGUAGAAGUCACGAGCAGCUCGCCUGUUAAAUUAUUUACACAUCAGUUUAAAAAUAUGAUUUUUUUUUUUUACACACCAGUUGCUUGUCCUUUUUAGAUAAUAAUCAAUUUGUAUUAAAUUAUAAUCAAUAAUAAUCCAUGUAUGAUUGUUGCAUCGGUUCAUUUCAGUCGUUGCCUUUUAAAUCGAUGCAUCGAUCCAAAUUGUUAAAUCGUUACACUCCUAGAGUAUAUAAUACACUAUAUGGCCAAAAGUAUGUGCACCCCUGACCAUCACACCCAUAUGUGCUUCUUCCCCAAACUGUUGCCACAAAAUUGGAAGCACACAAUUGUAUAGAGCGUCUCUGUGUGCUGUAGCGUUACAAUUUCCCUUCACUGGAACUAAGAGACUCAAACCUGCUCCAGCAUGACAAUGCCCCUGUGCACAAAGCGAGCUCCAUGAAGACAUGGUGUGUGAAGGUUGGAGUGGAAGAACUCGAGUGUCCUGCACAGAGCCCUGACCUCAACCCCACUGAACACCUUUGGGAUGAACUGGAACACCGACUGAACCCCAGACCUCCUCGACAUCCCAACAUCAGCGCCUGAUCUCACUAAUGCUCUUGUAGCUGAAUGAACACAAAUCCCCACAGCCACGCUCCAACAUCUAGUGCAAAGCUUCCCAGAAGAGUGGAGCUUAUUAUAACAGCAAAGAGGGAAUAAAUCUGGAAUGAGAUGUUCAACAAGCAGAUAUGGGUGUGAUGGUCAGGGGUGCACAUACUUUUAGCCAUAUAGUGUAUAUACGUAUUAACAUUUUUGGUUAAACUUUACUAAAUGCUAAGUAAGAAACAGAUCUAAGUGAACUGAGAAAUGUUUGUGACUUUAUAUUUUAUUGGAGGAAAAACAUCUGGAACUGUAACGAGGUCGAUCUGGAUCACUCUAAUGAGUCACUUAAACUUAUAUGUGUUACAUUUGAUACUAUAAGGAUGAGUCAAAUGAAAACCUUUUUAUUUUUUUUUUAUUUUGCAUCGUUUAUUGCAAUUAGGUGUCAAAAAUCAGUGUAUUAGUUUUAAGGUGUGAGUAGAAGCAGCAACUGAGAGCAAUGGACCAGUAAUACACUACACAGAUUGAAUGUACCGUUUCUCUCACUUCUCUCACACUUUUAAGGUUUUCAUCUGACUCACCUUUUUUAAAACUGUCUAAUAUCGACCCUAAGACAAAUUCCAGCUUACGCUAACUUUUACAGUCUCGCCUUUAAAUACAGAGCUCAUUAAGAGUCGCGUUACGAGCUGAGAGCGGGCGAUGAAAACGUCUUUAAAUAUAAAGAUUUACAGAUUUGAUGGAUGCAUUUUGUUUCCUUAUUUAAUUAUCCAGUAGUGGAUAAACUGUAAGAAAAUGUAAAAUAAAUUUUUUUAAAAAAACAGAAACAUCCAAGAGGCAAAAAGGGUAAUGCUCAACAUGAUGCUCCCACCACCAUGCUUCACUGUGAGGUCUGUAUAUUUUCAGGAUUGAGCUCAGGAUCGGACAUUUAAUGUAUUUUUUUGUAAAAAUCUCAACCUGGUUAAUUAUUAACAAACCAUAUUUGUUGAAAGGCUAGUUGUCCCCUUUUGAUGGGUUGUAUAUACAUACAUAUAUAUAUUAAUAAUGUUAAUAAAUCUUUUCAAAUUUUUUUGAGGUGGGGAAAGAAAAUGUGAGUUGAUUCCAGCAUUCGCUUCAGUCUGGUGUGGAUCGUCUUGUAUAAUUUU